GCCUCAACUUUUCAAAUCUGGAAUGCUGACUGACUGUGUGUGUGUGUGUGUGUGUGUGUGUGUGCGUGCGUGUGUGAGGUGUUCAGUUGUAUGGCUUCUUUCCUCUGGUUCCUCAACGCUGCUGCACAUUUCCUGUGAAGCUCGGCACACACUCACACAGAGAGUGAUGGCGGGUGAAUCGCCUCCCGACCCCACAUUCGACCCCAAAGAAGAGAAACAGAUGAUGGAGUUCUUAGCACAGCAAGUACACCUGCUCAAGGAGAAAGCUAUGAUGGCGGGUGAAUCGCCUCCCGACCUCACGUUCGACCCCAAAGAAGAGAAACAGAUGAUGGAGUUCUUAACACAGCAAGUACACCUGCUCAAGGAGAAAGCUAGGCUGCAGGUGUCAGCGCGAGAAGAGAAGAAGCUGCUGGUGGAACACUCCAAGCUGAAGAAAGACAUCGAUGAGUUGAAGAAGAAACUGCAGGAGACACAGAGGAAGAAAGCCAUGAAGCUCCAUCAGGAAAGAGUCCUGACUGCAUCAGUAGCUGCGAUGAAGGCGGCCGUUUUGGAGAUUCCACCUGCUCCACCUGAACCCACAUCUGCGUCUAAACCUCAAAGAAGCAACACACACACACACAGUGAGGGGAGACGGAGGAGGGGCCGCCGAGGGGUUCGAGAGGAAGUGGGCGGAGCCUCUAAGGGAACUUCUGAGGCAGUGUGUGGAUUGGAGCGUGACCCGAGGCCCGACGUUUCCCGAUUGGACCUGAGGAUCGGGCGUAUCCUGGCAGUUCGGAAUCAUCCGGAUUCAGAGUCACUCUACGUACAGGAAGUGGAUGUGGGAGACUCCGCCCCCAGAACUGUGGUCAGCGAACUGGCCAAUCACGUGCCUCCGGAGCAGGACACUCUGGCGAUUCUCCUCUGUAAUGUUCGGCCAGUGAAGGUGCGCGGUGUUCAGUCUCAGGCUCGAGUGCUCUGUGCUGUCAAUCAGCACAGGAUGGAGGCUUUAGCUCCGCCCACCGGAGCUCAGCCCGGAGACAGAGUGACCUUCCAGAACUAUCCAGGUGAGGCAGAGAGAGAACUGAACCCGAAGCGGCGUGUUUGGGAGCGUUUGCUCCCCGACCUGCGCAUUGACGAAAGGGGCGUGGCUACGUACAGAGGCGUGGCCUUCGAGGUCAGGGGGAAGGGCCUCUGCAGAGCGCCUACCAUCAGCAACGGAGGCAUCAAGUAAAGAGCAUAGGUCAUCGCCAUGGUUACCGGCAAACCACAUGUAUGGUUCAAUAAGGACAAUAAAACUGUGAUUAAUUAACGAUGUCACAGAACGGCUGAUUUCUACAACAUUAAUAAAGGGAAUAUGUUGUUACCAUGGU